CUUGUUUGCUUGGUAAUGUUGUUGCUGACAAUGGUUGUUUUGUUUUGAUUAUUUUAGUAGUAACAAAAUUAUAAGCAAAGCAUGUAUUUCGUAAAUCGUUUGUUAUAGUAGUGAAAAAUUGGCAGGUUUUCUAUGGGGUAAAUUCAGACAAAACAUUGACAACAAUUUAACCUCAUGGCGACUGUGAAGUCGAUGUAUUAGAAUAAGUAAUAACGUCGUAUUAUUUUUCAUAACAAAAUAAAUUAAAGUGAGUGACUGAGAAUCUCCAGCUUCUCCACCUCAGCUUCUUGGGUCAAACCACACUCGUAACGCAGCUUCCGCAGAAUAGGACCAGGGUGUGUGCAGUAUGUGGCAAGAAGGCGAUGUACUGGUGUCCUGCGUGCAAUUGUGGGGUGCACAGGAGUCAUUGUGAUAAGAAAAUUGAAUGGCACAAAAAGAAGUUAAGUCAGUGGACCUUCCAUCUUGAUUCAACUAUUCAACGAUGACUCAGACAAUCUAUGAUGCUCUUCAAGGAAUCAACACAGAAACUGUUACAGUAGGAACUCUCCUUGGUGCUUACGACUUGAAUGAUCCAGAAAACACAAACGAAGAUGACAAUGAGGAUGACGUAUUUCAAUGCGGGAAAUGUAAAAAGCAGUUCUUUUCCCUGCGAACAUUCAUGCUUCAUAAGAAACUUCAUCACCUCGGAAGUUUCCCACCAUUACAGAAGACAUUAUCGGAGAGUCUGGGGAGUGACGAGGCCGAUCUGCAGUUGCAACCUAUCAUCCUCAGUGAGUCGGACAUCCAGUCCUUCAGCCUUACCACCUCUGAUCAGUUUACCAUGUUUAAGACCUUGCAAGGAUUUGAAGAUACUGGGGAUCUUAUGACCCUGGACACUGACGAUUCUCAACUUAAAGGACCUGAUGACAUUCCUGGUACCUUUCAGCUGAGUUCUACUCAGAUUAUCCUUACAACUCAGGUUACGGAUGCAGAACCUGUGGAGAAUCUUCUCGCCGACACUGGCUCACAAUCGGAGACUCCGUUCACUCUGGAUCAAGAGAUUAGAUAUCUGGAAUGUACACCCCUCAUUGUCACUUCCACAGAUAUUAAAGAAGGAGAUGGGAACAUUGGAGAACUCUACUCAGUAGAAAAAGAUGAGGAAAUAAAGUUAUCUAAAGAAACUAAGUUAAAGUGCCUGUAUUGCCGCAAACAGUUCUCCAAGAAGUUCGACCUGGAACAACACAUCCGUUGUCACACGGGGGAACGUCCCUUCCAGUGCGUGGUGUGUGGGCGAUCUUUCACUCAGAAGUCCAAUGUUAAAAAACACAUGGCUACACACAAGGUUUGGCCUCAGAAAAUACGAACUUUGCCUGAAAAGCCAAUACAGAAAAUUUCCAGUCCAUCGACGGGUGAAACGUUGGUGGUGGACGGUUCAUUUGCAUGCCAGUACUGUCCAGAAGUCUUCAGUAGCUUUCCGCUCCUCAAGAGUCAUCGCAAGACCCAUGUCAACAACAAGAUCUAUCGCUGCGUCCAGAAGUCCUGUGGACUUGUAUUUGAAACUCUGGAGUCCUUCAUAGAGCACACGACAGCUCACCAAGCGGACUGCAAUGUCCAGUACAACUGUAUACAUUGCCGUCAGACGUUCUCCAGUCUGGACGAGUUGGGUACACAUCAGCGCACACACAACUCUGCAACCAAGAAGAGAGCCAGGUGUGUCUUCAGAUUUUGGAGGUUAUAUCGAGUCGAGUAAUAAAUCUCAGGACAGAUGUUUUUUUUCAUAUUUAGGUCACUUUAAUAAUUAACUGAUUAGGUUACUGGUUUGUUGCUGUCUUUUAAUUUUUACAGUAUUGUGUCGUGUUUGAUAUAAAGUUGUCAAAUUAUAGGUUUCUUGUUAUAUGAUUAAAGCACAGGACAUUUAUACUA